GCACGUUGGCAGUGGGCGGAGUCUCGGCUGUAGGUGCGGUGAGGAGGUUGAGCAGCUAUUCGUGGACGUUGUAAAGGAAAAUCUUUUGAGGUCGCGGCUCAAAAUAUCAGCUCAACAGUAAGGCAGACGGGUUAUACAGAAUCGAGAAGCGGUUAUAACAGCUAAGUAUUGCUCUAACUAACCUUAGGACGACGAAUUUUGCAAUAUUUGUGUCAGAAAUUUUAUUUUACAUAACCAGCUUCCCUGGUAUUCGCGGCACGGAACAGCCGGUCUUGCCACGGUGUCUUGUGGACUUAGAUUACAGGCCAGUUAAGUACUCUGUUAUUUCAUUUGACUUAAUUAAUGUCUGUAGAAAGCAGGCCCGCCCAGGAGUGUUAGCAUAUAUUUAUACGUUAAUUUUUUCAUCAUUCAGAAAAACAAGUUAUACAACGAGCCGGGCUACUGCUCCGCAGCACACCGGGUCCUAAAGCCCGCCGAGUUAGUUGUCACAUUGCCGGAGCGCGCGCGUUGCCUCGAGCCCAAAUGGUUCAGCAGCCAGCGGUUUCUACAUUUUUCGACACUAUGGAAAAAGCUCUGUUAGAGCAAGGAUAAUUAUAAAAGUUGGACUGCGUUAUUGAACCCCAAAAGGAUUUUUUUUUUCAAACACAUUUUUAUUCAAGGUGGUAUUUUUUUCUCCUUAAAAGAAACUGUGAGUGAGUAGUUGGGAUAAAAGUCGAGUGAGCACCAAAAGACUGUUGACCUCUUUCAAAAAGGAAGAAAAGGACUCGUCCAGUUGAGUAAUGGUCAUUAAUACGAUCCACUGGUUCAGGAAGGGCUUGCGGCUCCACGACAACCCGUCGCUCAAGGAAUCUCUGCUGGGAGCGGAUACGGUCCGCUGCGUCUACAUCCUCGACCCCUGGUUUGCGGGCUCUUCCAACGUUGGCAUCAACAGGUGGAGGUUCUUAUUGCAGAGUCUUGAGGACUUGGACUCCAGCCUCCGUAAGCUCAACUCUCGUCUGUUUGUGAUCCGAGGCCAACCCACUGAUGUCUUUCCCAGACUUUUCAAGGAGUGGAAAAUUACUCGUCUGUCAUAUGAGUACGACUCUGAGCCCUUUGGGAAAGAGCGAGAUGCAGCUAUUAAGAAGCUGGCCUCUGAGGCUGGAGUUGAGGUGACAGUUCGCACCUCCCACACACUCUAUGAACUGGACAAGAUCAUAGAGUUAAAUGGGGGUCAGUCUCCCCUCACCUACAAGCGGUUCCAGACUCUCAUCAGUCGUAUGGACCCUGUGGAGGUGCCUGCGGAGUCCAUCACAGCUGAGAUAAUGGGGAAAUGCACUACCCCACUGUCUGAAGACCAUGAUGAGAAGUUUGGGGUCCCCUCCCUGGAGGAACUCGGUUUUGAUACUGAAGGCCUGUCCUCAGCUGUGUGGCCAGGAGGAGAGACUGAAGCUCUCACACGACUUGAGAGGCACUUGGAGAGGAAGGCAUGGGUGGCAAACUUUGAACGUCCCAGAAUGAACGCCAACUCGCUGCUUGCCAGCCCCACAGGCCUCAGCCCCUACCUGCGCUUCGGCUGCCUCUCCUGCCGCCUCUUCUACUUUAAACUCACUGACCUCUACAGGAAGGUGAAGAAGAACAGCUCCCCUCCUCUCUCGCUCUACGGUCAGCUGCUUUGGCGUGAGUUCUUUUACACGGCGGCCACCAACAACCCCUGCUUCGACAAGAUGGAGAGUAACCCCAUCUGCGUUCAGAUACCCUGGGACCGCAACCCCGAAGCGCUGGCCAAGUGGGCAGAGGGCCGCACCGGCUUCCCCUGGAUUGAUGCCAUCAUGACCCAGCUGAGGCAGGAAGGAUGGAUCCACCACCUAGCUAGGCAUGCUGUGGCCUGUUUCCUGACAAGAGGAGACCUGUGGAUUAGCUGGGAGGAGGGCAUGAAGGUGUUUGAGGAGCUGCUGCUGGAUGCAGACUGGAGUGUGAAUGCAGGCAGCUGGAUGUGGCUCUCCUGCAGCUCUUUCUUCCAGCAGUUCUUCCACUGCUACUGCCCCGUGGGUUUCGGCCGCCGCACAGACCCCAACGGAGAUUACAUACGCCGCUACCUGCCUGUUCUGAGGGGAUUUCCAGCCAAGUAUAUUUAUGAUCCCUGGAACGCUCCAGAGGUUGUGCAGAAGGCAGCCAAAUGUAUUAUUGGAGUGCAUUAUCCAAAGCCUAUGGUGCACCACGCAGAGGCCAGCCGUCUCAACAUCGAGCGAAUGAAACAGAUCUACCAGCAACUCUCCUGUUACAGAGGCCUCGGUCUUUUGGCUACAGUUCCAUCCGGCUCUAAUGGCAACGGAAAUGGUAACGGAAACGCUGAGACAUCCUCAGAUUCGAUGCGAUUCUCUGAGACUUCACGUGAUGCUGCAGCUCCAUCUACCUAUCAGAUGCCAGUUCACUCCCAGGGAGACUGGCAAAGUGGUGUCAUGAUGUACCUGCAGGGGGAUUCGCAAACCAGCGUCGGCAUGCACCAACAGGUUCCAGGUUACGCUGCCAGUACCAGUAUGAUGUGUUACACUCAAGGCACGCAGCAGAAUCCUGGUCCUGUAAUUCAAAAAGGGCCUGAACACCACCCCACCACUCAGACCAGUGGCAAACGACACAGUGAGGACUCUGGGAAUAGCAAAAGCUCCAAAGUCCAGAGACAGAGCAUCCACUAAAGAGGUGUUUCUGCGGACUCACCGUCAAUCAUAUCGAGAACACAGCCAAAACUAUACGGACGCUAAAAUAGACUCAAAUUUUUCUUACAGCACUACAACGCACGAACACACCUUCAGGACGGGCAUCCCCACCUGUCACAAAACACGUUUCUCAACUUAAUCGGACUGAAUAUUAUUACGGUGUGGGCCAGCCAGUGAUGUUACACUGUGCUCCUGUUUGGGUUAAUAAUGCCGAGACUAAAGUCUUUGUGUAUAUAAUGAAUUUGCUAAAAGCAGCUCACAUACAACGUGUACAUAUUUGGAUAUUGUAUGUGCGUUUUCUCUUUGUGUAGCCAUAGACCCGUUGAUAUAUUUUUGAUAUGAGAAUUCAUUGUGGAUUGAUCGUUCUUUUGGGAAAAUUUUCAAUAAAAAGAAAUGCAUUUUUAGACCUUCCAUUAAAACAGAAAUGGUCAGAAAAGUCUGCUAAUGCACCCGAGUUUUUAAAGUUUUUCCACAUUGAGCCCAUCGAGUGUAAAUAUCAGCAAAAAUCCUUUCUGUGUCUCAGUACUAGUGGACUCGUUUUAUUCCUUCAAACUUCAAUAUAACACAAACCAUCAUGUUAUUGCCCUCGUCUGUGUUUAUUGAGAAAAGGUGAGAGGACUACAGAGCCUGCAUAUUCCUGGUGUGCCACCCCACCACCCAUAUACUCCCCAAUAAAUGUACCACUGGAGAGAACUGCUUCACUUGCUUCUUGUUCCUUCUCAAUGUGCUUGGUUAAUUAAAACAGUUUGAAAUAUA